AUUUUUAGUAUAAUACUUUAAUUUUAAAAUACAUUUUUGUAAUUUCUUUUGUUUAAAUCAUAAUUUUCAAUUUUAUUAUCAUGGUCAGUUGUGCAAGUAGUGCAUGAAUAGAGAAUAUCCUUCUUUUUGCAGCCUGUAUUUUGCCCUGUCCGAAAAUAGUCUGGAGGAAUCCAUAAAACCCGAGCUAAGAGAGGAAUUCGAGCGGGAAAAGAACAACUGGCUCCCCCGAACCGACACGGCUGAGCACAGACAACUAGACCGGAGAAAGCCUGGUAUUUUCAAAUUGGAGGCGGAGGGGGACCAAAUGACAGCGUUGUGCUCCAAAACUUACUGCCUCUACGACAGUCAGAGUGACACGGUAAAAUUUAGCUGCAAGGGGCUAAAUAAAAAUCAAUUUGAAAAUCCAAUGGAACUGUAUAAGAAAGUGUUGGACACCAACGAAGCCCAGUCGGGAGUCAAUAUUGGAUUCAGGAUGAUGCAAAAUCGAAUGCAUACGUACCAUCAAGAACGUCUGGGCUUCAGUAAUUUCUAUUGUAAAAGGAAGCUAAAUCCAGAUGGCAGCACAGAACCUCUUGACAUAACCCUUACCCCGUCACAAUGAACAUUUUAUAUGUUUGGUAAAUCAAACCGAAUUAAUUUGUGAAGAACUGCGUUGUAUUGUUUUGUUGUAUUGUAAAUGCAUUGUGUUGAUUGCAUUGCAUUAUAAUUCAAAUGUAGAAUACAACCCGCUACUUGCAUGUCAAUAGGUUGACGCAUUUCACGAUGAUACAUUCCAGUGAAACAGUUAAAAUGUUCCAAAUUGAUAAAAGUAAUUGGAUAUUUGGGACCUGCAAACCUAAAAUACGGGAAUGGAUUUUGAAAAAUGUGAAUAAAUUAGCGUUCUCUCUAUUAGAGUUUAACACAGGAUCUGUCAUUGGAACGAUGCUUUCCGUAUAUUUACGAAACUUAAAAUUAUUUUAGAAGAAAAUAAUGAUGAAUUUGGGAAAUACUAAGUGAUUUUUGGGAAUAUAACAAAAAAAAAAUUGAAAUUGCUAAUAAAACAAAGUUUGAAAACUAUCACGUAUCGAUGUACAUCCUUGUUGUUGUAAAUUAUAAUUAAUUUUUAUUGCAAAAGGAGUCUGACUUCAGAUGGAUGCACCGAACCUUUGAAUAUAACCCUUAUCCCGCCAUAAUGAACGUUUGUUUGAUUUAUAAAUCAAUAUGAACUGAAUUGUGAAAUACUACAUUGUAUUGUAUUUUUGAAUUGUUACUAUAUUGUAAAUGCAUUGCAUUGUAAUUGUAAUGUAUAGAAUACAACCCACUAUUUAUCAAUAGAUUGACAUUUGGAACCUUCAAACAUAAAUUGGGGAAUAAAUUUUGAAAAACGUGAACAAAAUGGCAUUCUCUCUAUUAACAUUUAACACGGGAUUUGUCAUUGAAACGAAGCAGUUCCUAUAUUUACGAA